AUGGGAAGCGCCAAAGCCUGGGAGCCUGGGUGGUGUAAGGUAAACUUUGAUGGUGCUUCUACAGGAAACCCGGGUAAAAGUGGUAUUGGGUGUAUAUUGAGGAACUCUAAUGGUAUCAGUAUAAAAGAAAUCUCUGAAAAGAUUAGAGUUGCCACUAACAAUGAAGCUGAAUUCAGAGUGGCGUUAAGAAGACUGCAAUUAGGGAAGGAGCUUGGGGUGCAGAGAAUUCAUCUGGAGGGAGACUCAUUAAAUAUGGUUAAUGUGGUCCACUGUAAUAACACCCUUAGUUGGCAUCUUAACCAGUGGCUUCGACCAAUUCUGGUGCUUCUAGCCACCUUUGAUGAAUUUCAGAUUAGCCACAUCUUUAGGGAAGGAAAUGGAGAGACUGACAAACUCUCUAAAAUGGCGAUAGCCGAUGGUGACCCCCCCUUGGCACUCUGA